CGGGCGGACGGAUGCAGAAGGAAGCGGACGGAUCCGGAGAAAGUGCCGGGUGAGAACGAGGGAGGGGGAGAGAGACGGAGAUGGCGGGAGAGUCUGUUGUGCCUCCUCUCUUGUAGACCUGCAGCGUGCAAGGUAAUAUGCGCAUCGAACGGCCAAGGCGUCGAUCAAUCUCGUGCGUCGAUCGACCAAUCUGUCGAACCAUCUAGGGCCUCGAUCGAGCAAUCUGUUCAUCAAUCUAGGCCGUCGAUCGACCUAUGCCGUUGGUUCCAGCGAGCCAGGUUUGACUCGUUGAUCUUCCCACGCGACGUCUCUCACAGGACCGAUCGCCACGCUCACGUCGCUAACGCCACUAUGGGCCAACGUAAGUCCACGUCUCCUAGGAGGAAUCACAACGUCCCUCCAUCUCCAUCUCCAUCUCCAUCUCCAUCUCCAUCUCCAUCAUUGCCAUCGCCAUCAUCGCCAUCGCCAUCGCCUUGUCGAUCUGCUGCUGCCGCUUCUUUCCCUUAUACUACCAGUACCAGUAGCUCCUCGUUUAUCGGCUUGAAUGAGAUUUGUUUGAUUGCCAGCUUGUUGGUUAUGGCGAUGGUGCAGACGACAGCCCACGAAGGGUCUCAUGACGACGCUGUGCGGUUCGCUUGGGGGAAAUCGGAUUCGGCGGAGUUUCAGUACAUGCACGAGAUCCGACCGUCGGGAUCGAGGCUGUAUUAUUCGAACGGGACGCUGUCGGCCAAGUUCGGCCUGACGGCGCCGGCAGGAAGGUGGGUCGGGAUCGGGUGGUCGAACGACUGCAAGAUGCGCGGCUCAGAUGCCGUCAUAGCGGGAUUCGGGGAGGAGACGAUGAUGACUGCCACGUAUGCACUCAAGUCGGAGGCAACGCCGGAACCGGAUCCCAGCCUGAAUCGAACCAUUAACAAUGCCAAGGCGGUGGUGAACAAGAGCUUUGCGCUCCUGGAGGUCAAUCGGACGAUCGACGGGGGGAAAGUGCCGAUCAAUGGCACACACAUGUGCGUGAUCUGGGCGUAUGGCGGCGACCACAGCCCAAAGUACCAUGGGAGUAGUAACCGAGGAGCAAUUGUCAUUUGGGCGAACGGAACUCAAGCACUGCCAGAUGAAUUGUUAGACGAUAAAAGCGGAGCUAACGCCGCCACCACCGUCGGCAUGGCUUUGCUCGCUGCUCUCGCCGCCGCGUUGAAAUUAUCCUUGAGGCGCCUUUGGAGAUCAGAUCUGUUGCGUGUUCGGGUGUAGACUUUGUAGAGGUAAGCCUGCACAAGAGACGCUGGGACUCAGAAUGGAACAGGCAAUAUUCAUGUUUUUUUAUGAUUUCGUUUUAAAUUUACGUUUAAUGAAGAAAAAAAAAGACUAUUUUUGACGAUCAAGGAAUAACAAGAGUAAGUAGGAUGUGGUACUUUUUUUUUCUUUAUUUUUUUUUUUUACGUUUACGAAUGGGCGAAGCUCGGGCUCAUUUCUAAAUGACUAAAAAAGCGGGGGAACCUGGAUGCGAUACUUUUUUUCUUGUUUUUUUUUUUUUUUUUUGGAAGGAUACGACAAUGUUUUUUUUUUUUUUUAAGGAUACGACAAUGUUGUGGACAGCAGGAUGUUUUUGUAAAACAAAACAAAAAAAAAAAUGUUAGACCCGUUAGGGCGAACGGACUCUUACAGAGAAGAAGUGGCACUGGGGUAAAAUAAUACUGUGCCAUCUGUAAGGAGGGCGAUGAUAUUGGGCCUCGCUGUACUACUGACCAGAUGCACAGAAGACAAAAAAAAUGGCCGUGUAUCUUCCCAUGUUUUACCGGAAGAUUCAUUCUCAUUUUGCGCAUUGGGUGAGUUACUGUAGUUGCGCGAGGCCCGUCGUUAGCGACAGCACCCACAAUUGAAGGGAAACCCAUAUAGUGAUAUAAAGGGGUGAGCGAGAGAGUAUAAGGGGGUUGAGAGGAUAAGAAAGGUAGCAAGAUCUUGUGAAUGCGCAUGCGUAAUAGAGCGACUAUGUGAAUGCGCAUGCGUAAUAGAACGGGCUCAUGCAUGAGUGAGCAAUUGAAUAGCAGCACAAACAAGCCGAAGGACGAAGGGGUAGGAGGGAGAAAAGAGGGCGGCAUUGCCAAGGAGAAGAAUGAAAGAAGGGCCCAGAG